CUCUAUCCAUCCCCUCGUAAAACCCUCAUUUCACUCUCGCAGUCGCUCUCGAGCUCAAGCUCAAGCUCUCUCUCCCAACCAUGGCCCAAACCCUAGCACGCGCCAUCGCCUCCGCCUCCGGCACCGCCGCGGGCCGCCUUACCGUCUUCUCUUUCUUCACCAAACGCCUCCUCUCGACCACGACCUCCGUCACCUCCCCUCCUGCGCUCCCCUCCCUCCUCUUCCACCGCCGAGCUCUCGGCCCUCUCUCCCAUGCCGUCGGAUCGGCCUCCUUCGGAGCCGCCAAGACUCGGUUCGCCCCCAUACGGUGCCGCGUGAACAGGUCCGGGGGCUCCGCGUACUCGCCCCUGAACUCCGGCUCGAACUUCAGCGACCGGCCGCCCACGGAGAUGGCGCCGCUGUUCCCGGGGUGCGAUUACAACCACUGGCUCAUAGUCAUGGACAAGCCUGGGGGUGAAAACGCCACGAAGCAGCAGAUGAUCGAUUGUUAUGUCCAAACCCUAGCCAAAGUUGUCGGGAGUGAGGAGGAAGCAACGCAGAAGAUAUACAACGUGUCCUGUGAGAGAUAUUUGGGGUUCGGCUGUGAGAUUGAUGAGGAGACAUCAAACAAGCUUGAAGGUUUGCCUGGGGUACUGUUUGUGCUUCCAGACUCCUAUGUUGAUCCUGAGUACAAGGACUAUGGGGCUGAGUUAUUUGUUAACGGAGAGAUUGUUCAAAGAUCACCCGAGAGGCAAAGGAGAGUGGAGCCGCAACCUCAGAGAGCUAAGGACAGGCCAAGAUACAAUGACAGAACAAGAUAUGUCCGCCGCAGAGAGAACACGGGUUGAUGUGUGAAAUCGGUGAAUAAUAUGUAUAUUGGUUCUGUUCAGAGGAUGCCGCGAGGGGUUGCAGGUCUUUAUCAAUGUUCCUGUGAUGCUUAGUUGACCUUGGACUGGGGUUAAUGGAUUUGUUUGUGUUGCUCUUUCGAAUUUGUAUGAACUAUGGUUAUUAAGAUGAUGCAUGUAAGUCCCGUGCGCAAAUUUCCAUAGCUGGAGAAAAAUCGUAUAAAUCUGUUAAUCUUUUGUACC